GUGAAGAGUGUUCGAAGGCAUUUUUAUCUAGAAGGAGACACUUUUAAAUAAUGACAAGUACGUACAAAGAGUGUCUAAUUAGUAUUCAUCUGAGCGUAUGCAGUCCUCGACGCGGUGGGGACGGGUUAUUAGCCGGUGCCGCCUCCGCGCCCGGCCAUAUUGUUCCGACGCCUGGCUCGAGCGCCGCCGGCGGCCGCCGCGCCAAACGCUCCUCCGACUAACGCUAAUUCGCUCUGUCAAUAUUUGAAUUGUAGUGCCGCCCCGACGAUUUCACCAGAAGAAGCCGAGCCGGUGGCUGGGAAGGCAAGAUGUCGGCAUAGCUGAUUGACGUUGAUAUACGGCUGUGUCACAUCGAGCCAGCUCAAUCCACCGGCGUUCUACUCUCGAAGAUCUUGGUUGCACCCUAGCGAAGAAGGAAUUCGGAUCGCUCCCGAGGCGCGUUCCGCGCCCGCCCCGGAGAGGGCGCUUUGACAGCUGUCAUCGAGCUUUCUCGUUUCUCGGGCGGCCGUGGGGCGAGUCGAGUAAAAUUUUUAUUUAUAUCACACACGACGAUGUACCCGUAGAGUGCGACCGGCUGUGUACGUGCGUGACGAAACGAUACGAAAACACGACGACAGAAUGGCGAACGAGGAGGCUUUGGGGCCGCGGAAGACGAUGUUCGUUCUAGUGAUUGUUGUGGGGUGUUUCGCUGUGCUGUGGCCUAGGAUCCUGUCGCCUCUGAUGCUGGGCCAGGGACAGCUGAAGCCGAACCAGCUCGACCGGGACGCAGGAUGCUGUGAAGUCAUCUUCGAGUCAGAAAUGGCUGUCCUCGAGUUAGUUAACGAAGUAUGCAGCUCCGCUGUCGGACAAGAUGGCUUAUUGUCCGCAUACGCAGCGGCUGAAUGCCGGAAGACUGUCAACGAGACAUGCGGGCUGGAUAUAGCUGCAUUCUUGAAAAGAACGGAUAAUGUUGGGAAGUCAACGAAGGUGUUAUUGAAUACGAUGAAAGAGAGUAACAGUUCAUGCUUGAAGGAGCAUUUCGGAGUGCCUGUUUGGAGUCUCGGUGCACACACUGCGCUCAACUCUUGGGCAAUACAGGAUGACAGCGUGAAGCAAGAGCGGUCACCAAUCCGCGGCGCCGGGCCGCACCCGGCGCUGCGCGAGCGCGGCCGCGCCAUCCCCCCCGGCGCGCCCACCCCGCCGUCGCGCGGGCCCGUCCCCAUGCCCCCCCACGCGAGGGUACGGUCCCCAUUGAAUGUGUACUUUGAUGUGGAUAUCAAGCCUCCACCAAUUCCGGGCAUGCGGCCGCCGCUGGGCUCCCCUGGCGGACCCGUACCGGCCCCCAAGUCUUCCAUGGGCUUCGUGAUGCCAAUCUACACCAUCUGCAUUAUCGUGUUCUUCGUCUACACGCUGAGCAAGAUCCUGUUCAAGAGGACAGGCUCCAUCCCCUACGAGCACGUGGCUCCCGACCCUCAAUUCCGUCGCAGAGUCUUCAGGGAUGACUCCCGGACUUCACCUGAUUCUAAAUUGGGACCUAAAGAAAGGGACGCAAGGGACGUGGAAUUGGAAGCGCUGAGGGCGCGACUCGAGGAGACCGAGCGCGCAAUGCAAAGGAUCGUCGGACAGCUCGCCAAGCGAGACGCGGAAUCUCAAGAAAACCACACAUGGCCAUACACAAAUGGUUCCGUCCACAGCUCGCCUAUUAUCAUAGCUAGCGAAUACGAGUCAAAGGAGAAGACUCCUGAACCAGAUAAAGUUGAACCGAAAGAACCGAGUCCAGAAAAAGAGGCAUCCCCUGAACCAGCAGAACUGAGUCCAGAGAAAGAUGCAUCCCGUGAACCGAGCCUAGAAAAAGAGGCUACGCCUGAACCAGCAAAACUGAGUACAAAGAAAGACGCAUCCCCUGAACCAACCCUAGAUAAAGAGGCUACGCCUGAACCUAAAGAACCGACCCCAGAACCAAGCCCUGAAGAACUGACACCAGAACCAAUAGAAUCAGAGGAAGAAUCACUAGAAAAAGAACCAGAACGUGGCCAUCUUGAAGAAGAUUUGCUGAAACUGUCUGAAGACAUUAAAGAAAAGAAGGAUAACUUGGCAAAGACCACAAUAGACUUUUUGCACGAAGCAAGGGAAAAUGCUGAGAAGACUGUGGAAUUGCUGAAGGAGGCUUUGAAAGAAGAUUCUCCAGUGCACGUGGAAGAAGAAGAAGACGAAGAAGAGGAAGUUGAUCCUGAUAAGGAAGUCAGCGUUAAGCACGAGGCCGACGAGGUGAAGUCUAUAUUCCUGGAGACCCAUAUCCCGCAGCAGUCCAGGGUGCUGGUAGCCGAUUUCGAAGACAGAGCCAAGCCGCACAAGAAACAUGAACCGGCGGUGGUCAGCGGCAAGAUGACGCUAUCUCUGAUCCAAGACGCGCCCCAGGAGGAAGACUUGCCUGAAAUCGACCCAGAAUCGACAAUGGAUGACUUCACCACAGCUAGCGCCAUGACCCAGCCGGUUGCAGAGCGCCCAAUCGUAACGGAAGUGACGUCGCACAGGAAAAAGAGGGGGAAUCGUCAGGCGAGGAGAUCGAAGAGGAAAUAGAGAUAGAGAUUGAGGAGGAAGAUGAUGAUGAUGAAGCGAAUGAGGAGCUGAAAGAGCAGAAAUGAACUGAUUUACUCUAGUCGUUGGAACUAUCUGAUUUGAACCUUAUUAUACAUACGCAUACGGUUGUUAUUUGCUUAUACUAUAAUUUGUUAACAUUUUUGAUCCUGCUUUACUUCUGCUUGAGAUAUAAUUUGAUUCGUAUAUUAUAAUAAUACAGUGGAAUUGUGUUUAUUACGUUUUCAGGUUAACCAUAGUCUGUCAAACAAAGUUAGGUGAAAUAGGCGCGAAAUUCUAAUUGUCUAUAGGACGAUAACCCUUAGCGCCUAAUUUUUUUCAAUUUGCCGCCUCUACUGACGGAAAUGGCUUGACAGACUAUAGUUAUCGUGCCUCUGCUUAUAACAAUCUUUAAGAUAUUAAUUUUUAUACUAAGGAGCAAGGAAAAGGUUUACAUAGAAAAGAAAUUUACAUAGAAAGCUACCUACUUGUUUUUAUUGCUUUUAAGUGGUAUUUACCUUAUGGUGGAGCCUUAUCAAAUACAUAAUAAUAGGUCGUCAUCAUCUGUGUUAUCAUAUUGUUCCUAAAAGUUUAAGUACGCGGCAAUUGCAGUAUUUUUAACAAAGUCAGGUUUGAAGAUUUAAAACCGAAUUUAAACCUUGUGCAACUGUAAUUAGGUUUCAAUUUCAACGUAAUCGAUUGUGUUUAAUGUUGCCAGUCUUAAAAAAUAGUGAAUUUAUUAUUCGUGUUCAAAUGUUAUUUAUGUGCCAAAUUUCCUUCCAAACUUUAGUACAUUUUUAAAGCUUUUUAAAUAAAUAUUUUUAAAUAUACUUGAAAGUCUGUAAUUUAGCCAAAUUUUUUCGACGCGUUCACAUACGUUUAAAAUUAUUAAAUAGUUAUUUGAUUUUUAAAUACUUAAGUUUUUGUUGACUUGAGUGACGAAAUAUAUAUUUAAUAAUAUAUUGAAAUAUACAAAUUUGCUCCUGUAGUCUAGUUAAAGUACACUUCUUUACGAUGUAAAAAUAAAAAUAAUGACAUUAAUUACCUUAAUACUCGGAAUAGCAAUCGUAAAUUAAUUACCUAUCUGUCAAUAUUUUAUAAUUAAUUGUAAACGUAUUUACAAUGUAUUUUAUUUAAAUUAUGCACUUCAGUGUUUGAAAUAGCAAUAAUUGUGCAUUUAAGAGUAUAAUUAUUUUGUUAACAUUUUUAUUAUUUUACCAUAAUCCUCUAUACAUGAGAAAUAUUUUUUUAUUUUUUAAAGUGUUGCCAGAUAGAAAAGUCAAGUUGCUUGUCAUGUUAUAUUAAUUUUAUUUAAUAUACUAUGUAUUUGAUUGUGUAUUUUGUAUUGUGCAAGACCAUUAUACACCUAUUAAAUAAAAAAAAUAUUAUAAAAUAAAAUGAGAAUCGGACUCCCAAAAAUAAUAACACACCUUUUUUGCUUAAAACAUUCCCUUUCUCAUUCUUUCACAAAUAAUGUAAUGUUUUUAUGAUCAUAUUUUUUGUCAAUUGUUUUACACAAGUAUAAUCUACUUGUUUAUUUAUAGAAUUAGUAAUGUUAAUGUUAUUUUAACAUUUUUGUCGUAGCAUUUUGUUAAUAUCGCGCGACUAAGAUUUUGUACCUUAAAAAUUUAAGAUCUAAACGGCAAAACGUAAUUCAAGACCAAAAAAAGUAAGAAAUGUUGCCACUUUUUUAGUAGCGCGUCUUGUAUUAUGUAAAAGUAAGUAACUAAAAGUACUUUUUGAAAUUGCAGGAGUAAUAUUACUAAUAAAUAAAUUAUCUUAGCGUGAUUAUUUAUCAAAAUGAAUUUACUAUUUUACAAACAAAUUACUGCAAUGGCAACAUUGUCUUAAUUUUUUUGGUCUUGAAUUACGUUUUGCAAUAUAGUUAUAGACUAAAGUAGGUGUGAAGUGUUGGGAGUAGGUAGGUAAAUAGUAAUUCGUUCUUUAGGUACAGAAUUUAGUUGAAAUAGCGAUGACCAGUUUUUUAGUUGUUUAAGAAAUAAAUGAGAUUAACAUACAAUGUUGUUUUCUUUCUACCUAGUACCCAUCAUAAUCUUUGAGCCUAUCACAUAUAUUUUGGAGUUUUUUGCGCAUCUUUCCACGCUUCAAACCAAG